CUUCUCCUCAAUCGCGUCUCGUUUUCCCCUCUGCGACUUUUCCUGCCUGAGAUCCUCUCCCUCCCUCCCUCCCUCUCUCUCUCUCUCUCUCUCGCAGAGGUCUCUCUCCGAAUCUCAGUCAGCUGGAUCACAAGUGACUUGGAGCAAUUGUUUGAGAGAGAGACAGAAAUUACGGGCGAUAAUUGGCUGGGGAGCUUCGGUAAGCGGCUUCUAUAAGUGAUUGAUUUGCUUGCAAGGAUCCUGCUGAUUUUCAUCUCCUGUUGAGUUAGAUCUAAUUAGAGCUUCCUAUGCUGCUCUUGAGAUGUCUAUAAAGUAUUGGGAAUUGAGCCUCUGUUGAUAGCAGCAGCAGAUUCAUUAUAGCAACUGUGUUCGGAGAAAAAGACGUAUCCAAACAUGGGGUGUCCAAACAGGCCUUCUGGAGCCAGGGAAGUUAAAGAGGGGUAUGAGGAUUGUUCUUUUACAUCCUCUGAUAAACACGCUACUUUUGCGUGUAUUAUUAAUUCAGAAGUAGGUGCUGUCUUGGCCGUCAUGAGGAGAAAUGUGAGAUGGGGUGGGCAUUAUUUGUCCGGGAAUGAUCAGCGAGAGCACUCUUUGAUUCAGUCUUUGAUGGCACUGCGGAAGCAAAUUUUUUAUUGGCAACAUCAGUGGAAUGACACUGACCCUCGCUUCUAUCUCCAGCCAUUUCUGGAUAUCAUCCAAUCUGAUGAAACUGGGGCACCAAUCACUGGGGUUGCACUAUCAGCUGUUUACAAGAUCCUAUCUGUCGAUAUGAUUGAUCAAUACACUGUUAAUGCUGAAAGUGCUCUGCAGCUGGUAGUUGAUGCGGUGACUAGCUGUCGCUUUGAGGUGACUGAUCCGGCUUCAGAAGAAGUUGUGCUGAUGAAAAUUCUUCAGGUUCUCCUUGCUUGUAUGAAAAGCAAAGCAUCCACUGUGUUGAGCAAUCAGCACGUUUGCUCCAUAGUGAACACUUGUUUCCGGAUAGUCCAUCAAGCAGGCACUAAAGGUGAAUUGCUGCAGAGGAUAGCACGAAACACUAUGCAUGAACUUGUUAGGUGUAUCUUUUCUCGCCUUCAAGAUUUUGACAAGACAUAUCAUCCUGUGCCUAGUGGAGCCAUUACGGUGAAGCAAGAGGUGGGUGGAGUUCAUAUUGAAGACUCUACUGGGAGAAACCAACUAGAGAAUGGCAGUAGUAUUUCAAACUAUGAUGGCCAACUAUCUCCUGGAACUGUCACUUCUGAUGCAGCAGGAGUUCCUGUGACUCCUCUUCCGAGCAAAACUGUUUCCAGGGAUGAUGAUGGAAAGGAUGCCACUUCAUCUGGGUUGCAUAUGCAGAAGGAGCAUUAUGGAAUCCCAUGCAUGGUCGAGAUAUUUCAAUUCUUGUCUUCUCUGUUGACUGCUGUCGAGCAUAUUGGAAUGGGUACUCGAGCAAAUUCUAUUGCAUUUGAUGAAGAUGUGCCUAUUUUUGCCUUGGGUUUGAUCAAUUCGGCUCUAGAGUUGAGUGGCUCAUCCUUACACCAUCACCCUAGUUUAUUGCAUUUGAUUCGGGAUGAAGUGUUCCAAAACUUUAUACAAUUUGGCUUGUCGAUGAGCCCCCUUGUUCUUUCAAUGGUCUUCAGCAUUAUUUUGAAUCUCUAUCACCACAUGCACACUGAACUCAAGCUCCAACUAGAGGCUUUCUUCUCCUGUGUGAUUUUGAGGCUUGCACAGGGUGGGAACGGCCAUUCGUAUCCACAAGAGGAGGUUGCAAUGGAAGCUCUUGUCGACUUCUGCAGGCAGAAGGAAUUUGUGAUUGACAUGUAUGUUAAUUUAGACUGCGAUGUGACUUGCAGCAAUGUCUUUGAGGAUAUUGUUAAUUUGUUGUCCAAGAGUGCAAUUCCGGAAGAUUCCUCUUUGUCUUCAAUGCACACGCUUGCUUUGGAUGGUCUGAUUGCUGUUAUUAAGGGAAUGACUGAGAGGAUCGGCAGUGGAUCUAUAAAUUCUAAAGGGACUCUUUUGAAUUCUGAGGAGCAUACACCAAUCUGGACGGUCAGGUGUGACGAUUAUAGUGAUCCUAAUCACUGGGUUUCAUUUGUCCAAUGGAGGAAGCUUCUGAAGAAAAGCGUGAUGGCUGGAGUGGAUCAGUUUAAUACUAAUCCGAAGAAAGGGCUGGAAUUUCUCCAACAGGCACAUCUUUUACCUGACAAACUUGAGCCACAAAGCGUCUCUUGCUUUUUCAGGUACACUCCUGGGCUAGAUAAAAAUCUCAUAGGAGACUUCUUGGGAAAUCAUGAUCAAUUUUGCAUUCAAACGCUUCAUGCAUUUGCUGGGACCUUUGAUUUCCGAGGCAUGAAUCUUGAUAAUGCACUGCGGCUUUUUCUGGAAACUUUUCGUCUGCCUGGAGAGUCACAGAAAAUUCAGAGAAUCUUGGAGGCAUUCUCGGAAAGAUACUAUGAGCAGUCACCACAAAUUCUAGCUAACAAGGAUGCAGCCUUGUUAUUGUCUUACUCCCUCAUACUGCUAAAUACGGAUCAGCAUAGUUCACAGGUGAAGAGAAAGAUGACGGAAAAUGAAUUCAUCCGCAAUAAUAGGCUUAUUAAUGGAGGCAAUGACCUACCUCGGGAAUACCUAUUAGAUCUUUACCACUCGAUUUGUAAUAAGGAGAUCUGCUUUACAGAUAAAGGUGCUGCGUCCAUGGAGAUGACCUCAAGUCGUUGGCUUGAUUUAAUUGACAAGUCAAAGAAAACAGAUCCUUUCAUUGUGUCUGAUUGUAAGGCCUACCUUGACCGAGAUAUGUUUGCUAUAGUAUCUGGUCCAACAGUUGCUGCUAUUUCAGUGGUGUUUGAACUGGCAGAAGAAGAUGAUGUUUACCAAACUUGUAUCAAUGGAUUCUUAGAUGUUGCAAAGGUCUCGGCAUGCUAUCAUUUUGAGGAUGUUCUUGAUGAUCUGGUUGUUUCCCUCUGUGGCUUCACAAUCCUCUUGAAUCUUUCAUCCUUUGAUGAACCUGUGCUUGGUGAGGACAUGAAAGCGAGAAUGGCAACCGAGGCCGUUUUCACUAUUGCAAAUAGAUAUGGGGACUCUAUCCGUGCCAGUUGGAGAAAUAUUCUCGAUUGCAUCUUAAGAUUGCACAAACUUGGUCUUCUUCCAGCUCACAUGGCUAGUGAUGCAGCUGAUGAGUCAGAACAUUCUGCUAAUGCUGGUAAUCGGAGGUCUACUUUGAGUUCGUCACCUAACGCUCAGUCACAAAAAACUGGCUCUCCUCAGGGAUAUGUUGGAUUCGUCAGUAGGUUCAGUCGGCUCUUUUCUUUUGACACGGAUGAGCCUAGAUCAGAGCCUACAGAGCAACAGCUUGCUGCUCAUCGACAGGCCCGUCAGAUUAUUGAAAAGUGCCAUAUUGAAAGCAUAUUCACGGAAAGCAAGUUUCUGCAAGCCGAGUCUCUGUUGCAGCUUGCUCAGGCACUCAUUUGGGCUUCAGAGCAGGCGGCGAAACAGAAUGGAUCUCCUGAAGAUGAAGAUACUGCAGUUUUCUGUCUGGAAUUGCUGAUCGCAAUCACCUUGAACAACAGGGAUCGUAUUGGGCUUCUGUGGCAGUGUGUCUAUGAGCACAUAACCAGCAUUGUUCAGUCGAUUGUGAUGCCCUGUGCCUUGGUGGAAAAGGCAGUAUUCGGGCUCCUCCGAAUUUGCCAGCGCCUGCUUCCCUAUAAAGAAGACCUCGCAGAUGAACUCCUGAGGUCAUUGCAGCUUGUUCUGAAGCUUGAUGCUCGAGUUGCCGAUGCAUACUGUGAGCAAAUAACUCAAGAAAUCAAUUGCCUCGUAAAAUCAAAUGCCGUUCACAUCAGGUCGCAAAUGGGAUGGCGUGUGAUUACUUCCCUCCUCUCCAUUUCAGCUCGGCACCCGGAAGCUGCGGAAGCAGGGUUUGAUUCUCUCUUCUUUAUCAUGUCUGGUGGGGCCCACUUGCUGCCUGUGAAUUACCUUUUAUGCAUGGAUGCAUCAAGACAAUUCGCAGAAUCCCGUGUCGGAGGAGCAGAACGGUCACUACUGGCAUUGGAUCUCAUGGCCGGAUCAUUGGACUGUUUAGUUCAAUGGACUCAUGAAGCUAAGAAAGCUAUGGAGGAGCAGGAUGCUGCCAGAUUCUGUCAAGAUAUUGGAGAAAUGUGGCUGAGGCUCGUGCAAGGACUCAAAAGAGUUUGCUCGGACCAGAGAGAGGAGAUAAGAAACCAUGCUCUCUUAUCGCUUCAAAAUUGCUUGAUUGGAGCUGAUGGAAUUGAUCUUCCACACUACCUAUGGCUCCAGUGCUUUAAUUCCGUGAUAUUUUCGAUGCUGGAUGACUUGAUCGAAAUCACCCAGGUGCGGUCCUAUAAGGACUACAGGAACAUGGAAGGUACUCUUAUUCUUGCGGUGAAGCUUCUCUCAAAAGCUUUCUUACAGCUGCUGCACUGGCUCUCACGGGUGGAAACUUUUGGUCAAUUGUGGGUGGAUGUUCUUACCCGGAUGGAUAAGUACAUGAAGGUGAAGGUAAGGGGAAAGAAAAGUGAAAAGCUUCUAGAGUUGGUCCCAGAGCUGCUCAAGAAUACCUUGCUCGUAAUGAAGGCGAGAGGCAUCCUCACUCCUAGGAGCUCCACUUCCCAAGGAGAUGUAUUGUGGGAAGUGACAUGGACAAAUGUGAAUAACGUAGACCCGUCUUUGCGAUCGGAGGUAUUUUCUGACCAGGAGUUAGAACAGCAGUCACAGCAGGCUGAGAGUGGUGCGGAUUCAAUCUCCAAUGGGACGAGUGUCUCCACAAGUGGGUAGCUAGACCUGAGUGUGCCAGUGGUGUGGGUUGGAAGCGGGAUUAUCAGUGACGACUGAUUUAAUAUUCUUCAGAUGAUUGCCUUUGUGGAGGAGAGUUGGAAACUGAGUCGUGUUCAAGCCUUGAGAAAAGAGCGUGGGAAGAGAGGAGAGAUGAGAUGCUGUUUUGGUUGAUCAGCACUCGCCCUCACCUUUGGGGUUCGGAUAGGGAACUCGAAACUGCCUUUGUUUGGGAUUUGUUCGAGAUUGUUAUACUGCUUCAGUUUCUGCAGGUAUAUAUAUCUGAAUAUGCAGUUUUCUUCUGCACUUGGGAAAAGAUACUGAUCGGCCCGCGGUUGUUAUGUCAGAACCGGCCGUGGUCCUACCUCUGCUGCUCUUACCAUUCAGAGCUGACUGCGCGAUUUCUGUUUCGAGAUUAAUAAAUUUUUUUUUCUGCAACACAGAUAGAUCUUGUUUUUUGCAUCCUUUCUUUUAGGUAUGUGGAAUUUGUUUGAUUGAUUAGUAGUGUACAGAACUAACAAGUCGGUAAACAUCAAAUUUUGCUAGCAAAAGUGUUUAAUCCAAUUAUCUCGAAUUCCAUUCUC